GCGCUCCUCCUCCAGGCGGUUCCGGUCAUCGAGGUCUCGCGGCACGAGAAGAAGCCGGCCGCCAUGUUCCUGCUGAUGAUCUCUGUACGCCGUGGCGUCUCCCGCGGCGGCCGUCAUGCCCUCGCUCCUCGCCACGGCCAACCCCCUGAUCUACGUGUUCAGGAGCAGGAAGUUCCGGCGCUGCCUGCUGCGGCUGCUCUGCUCGCGGCUCUCCUGCGGCCUCAAAGAGCGCCCCCUGGUGGCUGCGGUGCAGCGCCGCCCCAUCCGACCGAUCGUGGCGUCGCGGGCGGCGUGCGGCGGCGGCAGGAAGCGGCCCAAGAAGAGGGUGACCUUCAGCUCCUCCUCCAUCGUCUUCAUCAUCACCAGCAACGACUUCCACCAGCUGGACGUGACCUCGGAGGCCCGGGAGUCCUCGGAGGUCAACGUCUUCCAAGUGAGGCCGCUGUGAGCCGCGAGGGGGGGCGGGACUUCCCACCAAUCAGGAUGCCUUUGCACCUGAAAGGAUCUGGUCCGAACCUCCAGCAGAACUGAGUGGGGGAGAAGCCGGUUGUGGACCCGAGUUGGGACGGUACCGGACGUGGAGAACGAGCCUCGGCGCCUUCAACCAUAAACCAUAAAGCAUCAUACUUUGCUGUGAAUGGAUUCAAUAAAGAGAUCCGAUUGGAAGCAG